AAAUCAGAAUCAAAUCUGCUUGCAAUGGAUGCUGCCGGUAGUUGCUAAAGGUUGAACCGGAUCGAGGAGGGACCAUGAAGUACGUGAAGUAAUACACGCUCCGGCGUCGUAACGAGUACAGGAAUGUACAUGUCGCAAGGCAGUUGGCGAAGAGAACAAAAGUUGGAGAUACUAGUCCCGCAUUUCUUUCAACUUCCUACCUUUGUCACUUCUCUCCAGUCGAACGUCAAGGGUUACCAUGAUCUACAGAACUUCAAGUAGCGCCUGAAAACGCCGCCUUAAUAUUAAUGCCAUACUUUUACUUCACCGUUGCGUUCAGUGAUUGAUUCCAGACUCUUGUGAAGACUAUCCAAACUUUAUCUGCUGUCUUGUCUGUGUCGGAGAAAUACGUUGAAGAGUGCUUUGUCCUAGGCCUCGGUAAUUUUAGAAAUUAGACCAAAGCUACUGUAGGCGCUGAAAGAAAAUUUGAGGUGUACAGAAUUGUGGUAACUGGGAAUACUCAUGUGCACAAGACUUGUAUACUCAGAAAUGAUCUGUUGGAAAAGUCACAGUAAUCUGCGUGUAGGACAUAGGAAAUAGGUUUCUCUUUGGCGGCUAUAUGGAAAGGCACGUAUAAAAGUGACUGGUGUUUGCGCUUCAUUGAAUGUUGGCAGGGAUCUGUUUGCUAUUACAACUUGGAUGCGUGCUUGUUCGUGAUGGAACAGUAGCAAUAUAACUAGAAAACGGUGUCAAUUUGAGAGUGUGAGGUCAUCCUCUUGAACAAGCGAAGCCCGCAUUCUCAUUCAAAAUCCCGUUAAAGCGUCCAAUCUGCCAAGACCUACCUCUGCUGCUUCAAAAUGAAUCCACCUCUACUUGCAGGAAGUGGCUGCACAAGAAUCCUGACCAUUCUCGCGGCCAUAGUGGCAGCUGCAACCUGCUGCAGCGCGGCGACAUGCUCGUCAGAGUCUUUGAAAGCUUUACUGGAAUUUCGAAAAGAAUUUAUUGACCCGAGCGGCAAAGUUUUCUCUACCUGGAACGAAACCGUUAGUGAUUGCUGCGCAUGGAAGGGGCUUACAUGUCAAAACGAGAUGUUGGUGGUGUUGGAUGUGGAGGGGCCAUCUGGGACAGGGUCAGACUUUGUGACAAGUAACAAGAGCUACUCGAGCAAGCCGGGCCACAGUCUGUCGAAGCUCAAAGACCUGCAGACGCUGAGGUUGAAGAACAUCUUGUUCAGCUCCAAGAUCCCAUCUCAAUGGAGCUCCUUUUCUGAUAGCUUGGUGGAGUUGACAGUCAACAAUUGCGACCUCCAGGGCUCCAUUCCCUCCGGAUUAGCCAGCAACAUCCACUUGAAAUCGCUCGACCUCAUGUCAAACAACCUGAAGGGAGGAAUUCCUAGCAAACUAUGCAACCUGAAGGAACUGAAGUAUUUAGACCUCUCCUACAAUGAGCUUAACACUAGCACAGUCCCCGAUUGCAUGACCAGUGGGCGCGGCUACACCAUGAAUGUCAGUUAUGGGCAUCAGAGCCACAAUUCGGGGACCGGAUCCCCUCAGUCUGCUCCGAGCGGUGGUGGGAGUGCCUCUUCCCCAUCUUCCUAUGGUACUAGCGGGGGUGGAGCAACGAUACUUGACAAGUCCAAGGAUAAUGCGCUUCUUCUCUCGGCUGUCGCUUCAAUUGCAAUCUACUGCUUAGUUUGAGCAGCACUGCACUCUUGCGCCCUCCCACAAAUCCCCACUAUAUUAUCCCACUCACUGUAUAAUCUGUGGCAUCAUACUGUGAUCUGAACGUCGGCGAAUUCUGUUUGAAGUCGAGUCGAAGUUCCGCGCUGACGAUCGAGGUGGAUUUCAGCUCUACAUUCAUAUUUUUGUGAUUUGUAUUCUGUUCAUGUCAAGAAGCUCGAACUCGCUGCAUUCGCAGCACAUCUUGAAGUACCUUUUAAAGAAUGCGUGAUGCGAGGGUUAAUUGAAGACUAAUAGAAGACUACAGAUGCGGUGACGUUCUUUGUUCUUCUUCGAUCUUUGUACAAAAAGUGCACAUUAUACUGAAAUGUUUUUAUCGUCUCAUAAUAGAAAUUCUUACAUACUUUGUCCAUGUCAGCCUAGUAUUCAGUGCUUGAACUGAGAUCAGCCUUUACCUUCUCCAGAAACUGGCUCUGCAGCAGCUCACUGAAGCUGCAAAUAAGAACUGGGAGCUCACUACUAUUCAAUGGGAGUCUCAAAUCCUAAUAAUCCUGCGCAUACAUGUGGUGUAAAAAUAAUAAAAAUGAUUAUUUGCGUAGGA